AGCUGAGCCGACGGAAACACAGCUCGAAGCUCACCGACACCGAAAUGGCAAUUGUAUAUAACUGUUCGUUGUAAGCCAAACAAGUUCUUGUGAUCAAAGUCAACUGUCUUCCAGAGCUCUUUCACUGUUUCUCAUGGAUCAAGAAAACUCUUCCGUUGAUCCAAGGAGCGGUUUCAACUCAGUAACAAGGACCUUCCACAGCCUUAGGUCCCCCAUUGAUCUUCCUCCAGAAGACACUCCUAUAUCAGCCGCUGCGUAUUCUUUCUCGCUCCGACACUACAACUCACCCUGCCCCGACUCGCUCGCUCUGAUCAACUCCGCCACCGGUCAGCGCGUCUUUUACUCCGACUUCACUCGCAAAACCCAAAGCCUAACCUCAUAUCUCCGCUCCGUUAUCGGACUCUCCAAAGGCGACACCGCAUUCAUUCUCUCUCCGAACCUCGUUCAAGUUCCGAUCCUUUACUUCUCGCUGCUCUCGCUUGGGGUGGUCAUCUCGCCGGCGAACCCGAUAAGCACCGAGUCGGAUAUUUCCUGGCUGGUCCGGCUGUGCAAUCCGGUCAUCGCCUUUGCUACGUCAUCCACAGCUCACAAGCUCCCCACUUUCCGAUUUAAAACCAUUCUUCUCGACUCGCCUGAGUUCGACUCAAUGACGAUAAGUCCGGUACAAAAGCUAGACCGAGUCGUAGUGAGCCAAUCCGAUUUGGCGGCGAUCAUGUACACGUCCGGGACCACUGGGAAAGUCAAGGGAGCGGCGUUAACUCACAGGAAUCUUAUGGCGGUGGUUGCCGUUUCUUGCGCGAACCGGAUGAAGAGAGAAUCACCCGACAUGCUCCUCUACACGGUGCCGUACUUCCACGUGUUUGGGUUAUCCUACUGCCUGAAGUCGGUGGCUCUGAACGAGGCCCAGGUGGUGAUGGAGAGGUUUGAUUUGAGGAAGAUGCUGAGAGCGGUGGAGGAGUUUAGGGUGACCCACGUGGCGCUUGCCCCACCGGUGGUGGUGCGCAUGGCCAAGAGUGAUGUUAUUGACGGUUAUGAUUUGAGCUCGUUGGAGGGAGUCACUAGCGGCGGAGCUCCGCUCGGGAAGGAUGUCAUCGCAGCUUUCAUGGCCAGGUUUCCAAGCGUUGUCUUUGUGCAGGGUUAUGGGGUGACAGAAGCAGCGGGGGGAAUGUUCAUAACCGCUGGUCACGCGGAGAGUCUUCAUUGGGGAUCAGCAGGGAGGCUUGCAGGAGGUUUUGAAUCAAAAAUAGUAGACCCGGACACAGGCGAUCAUGGUUUGCCUCCGGGCUGCCAAGGGGAGCUCUGGAUUAAAGGACCCUCAAUCAUGAAAGGUUAUGUUGGUGAUCCCGAAGCAACUUUCGCAACUUUAGUAGCAGAUGGGUGGCUGAGAACAGGUGACCUUUGUUAUAUUGAUAAAGAUGGUUUCCUCUUUAUUGCAGAUAGGCUCAAGGAAUUGAUCAAAUACAAGGGAAACCAGGUACCCCCUGCAGAGCUGGAACAAAUGCUCCAGUCCCACCCGGAGAUAGUUGAUGCUGCUGUGAUACCAUACCCUGAUGAAGAAGCUGGAGAGGUGCCAAUGGCUUUUGUCGUGAGACAGCCUCGAAGCAACCUUGGUGGACCAGAAAUAAUGGAUUUUGUCGCAAAACAGGUUGCCCCAUACAAGAAAAUAAGGCGGGUAGCGUUUGUCACUUCCAUACCCAAGUCUGCAGCUGGCAAAAUAUUAAGAAAGGAUUUAAGGAAGCUUCUUCCCCCAACCUCUUCUAGGUUGUGA